AUGGAAGCCUGGAAGAUGAUAAAUAAACUUGUGGCAUACAUAGAGCUUCUUAUUGUAACCUUUGUUAUCCUUUUGUAUCUUCUAGGACUUUACGAGGCUGCCAUUGUUUCUGGUGUAUCGUUCCGCAUAUAUUUGCUUCUGACUUCGUUUUACUACUACGUGGGGUGCCUGGCGAAGUCUCCUGGACAGCUCCUCGACUUUGGAAAUGCAAAUGUAAAAGGAAUAUGCAAUAGAUGCAACAGGAUAGUGGGGACAAAAACAGUCCACUGCGAGAUAUGUAACAAAUGCUAUCAUAAACGAGACCACCAUUGCCCAAUAAUAGGAAGAUGUGUUGCAUCCAAUAACCUCAAGGAUCUGUAUUUGGCGGUUUUCUUCAUGAGUCUUCAUUCCCUGGCUGCAGUUCUGAGAGGUUCGACGAAGUUCGCUUACAUGAUGUCCAUCCACAAGUAUCUGCUUGCUAUGUCGAGUGCAUUUACAUGCUGGCUAACACUCCUUAUACUCACAGGCAAAACAACAAAGGAACUGACCAGAGCCAAGGGCAAUAUAACCAGCGAAAUGAAGAUUUCCAGGCUGAAAGACAUGUUCCGUAACGGGCUGAUGGAUACGCUGGUCCCCUAUCUAAAGUGGAAGACACACAUUGUAAGAUAA